AUGAACACCCGCGACGUGCGCUCUGAGAUCUUUUCCAACCGCCCCGAUCAGUACGCAAGUCGCAACAGUCAUUAUGAAACCGCCCUGACGACUUUACAAAACAAUAAAGCAUUAGCAUACAUAUUUAUUGCUCUUAUUUCAAUCUGUGUCUUUCUCGGUUACCUCGGACUUGUUCCUAUAUCGCUAUUCCAGCUCCCCUGGGAUCUCAUUGUCUAUUUUACACCCUCUCGAAUCGUUGUCGCUUUAGACCCUCAAAUAUCGACCUCCAACCCCAACCCGCUAGCCUCGCCUUUGUCCUUCCAGAAUAAAAGUGACGCGAUGAGACGUAUUCUUGGCUUAGACAACAACGUCUACUUCCCUUUCUUCUCCCGGUCAAAAUCGCUCUCUAUUUUCGGAAAUGCGCUGCUAGGAAACACUCAGGAUGCCACACCUCCGGGGCUCGGAAAUUGGAACAACUCGUGUUUCCAGAACAGCAUCAUACAGGGAUUGGCUUCUUUGAAAUAUCUCGCCGAGUUUCUGGGACACAACGUGGACAACCUCUCGGACAAGGCUUCCGUCUCGACGCACAGGGCACUAUUAGACCUCAUCGACCGUCUGAAUAGCGCCUCCAAAAGUGGAACCAAGCUGUGGAUCUCCGGGCCUCUCAAGUCCAUGAGUAGCUGGCAACAGCAAGAUGCGCAAGAGUAUUUUUCCAAGUUGCUUAAUCAAAUUGACCUUGAAGCUGAGCGGUGUUCACGCGGAGAGACUUUGAAUAUGGGAUUGAAGAUCGCGGGACCGGAUGAGAACAUAUUUCGAGACAGCGACUCUAAUGACCCGGUGGUGUCUGAGGGGUCCGAAUCGCUCUCAUCGACAGAUAAGAUUUAUCUUGAUAGGGUUUCAUCUUGCAAUCCUCUCGAAGGCCUACUCGCUCAACGAGUUGGCUGCAUGGAUUGCGGAUGGACUGAGGGGCUCUCGUUGAUACCUUUCAAUUGCCUCACUGUUCCUCUGGGCAAGAGAUUCUCGUACGAUGUUCGCGAAUGUUUGGAUCAAUACAUGGCGCUUGAGCCUAUUGAAGGCGUGGAAUGCGCCAAGUGCACGUUGUUGCGUCGACUGGAGCAGCUUAUCAACUUGAUCAGUGGGAUUGAAGCCGAUGAGAGUCGGUCAGACAGCUCCGACGAACCUCCACGAUUUAAUGCUGUGAAGGAGUCGGCCUACUCGCGGUUAGAGGCUGUCAAGGAAGCUUUGCACAACAAUGAUUUCAGCGAAAACACAUUAGCGAACAAGUGCCAUAUUAACUCAAAGAACCGAGUCUCAACCACUAAAUCUCGACAAGCCGUCAUUGCACGGGCUCCCCGCUGUCUUGCUAUCCAUAUCAACCGCAGUGUUUUCGACGAGUACACUGGCACGUUGGAGAAGAAUCUCGCGGCAGUCACGUUUCCUCAGAUGAUUGACUUGAACAAUUGGUGUCUUGGCACCCAACCUCCCAACAAGCACGGCAACAAUUAUGAGCGUUGGGAUACAAACCCCUCUCGGUCCAUGCUUCCCCAACCUGGUGAAUCAAUUCAAGUCCCUAGCAGACAAUAUCAACUACGCGCAAUUAUCACCCAUUACGGCCGACAUGAGAAUGGACACUAUAUCUGCUAUCGCAAGUAUCCGACAUCAGAAUUUACAGCCCCGGCACCGGACGAAAUUCUUCAAGCUGAGGGUGACAAGGACAAGCCCGAGCGUUGGUGGCGCCUCAGCGACGAUGACGUUCAGAUGGUUAGUGAAGGUCAUGUGAUGAGCCAAGGGGGUGCAUUCAUGCUGUUCUACGAAGCUAUGGAUGAUUCCUCGCCGCGUUCGACUCGAGCUGCAACACCAGAACAUGACCUAGACAGUUAUACAGAGUCUACCCAGUUCGGAAGUGAAGAAUCAAUGCCAAAGAACAGCUCCACACCAUCUACUGUCACCGACUGCGAAUCUGCCUCAUCCCGUGAGACCAGUAUCUCGUUGCCGAUGGACGACUUGAUUCCUGCCGACGUGCCUGUGAAGAUCUCGAACGUGAUUGACACUAAUGCUCAGGCGAACGAUGAACUGGACUCUCCCUCUACCAUUACUGCAUGA